AUGACCAACUAUUAUCCCGGAUGCCGGGUCUACGUGUGUUCUGGAACAUCCUUUACUGACUUCCUCUGGGACUAUACAGACAUCACAAUCUGGACCGGCACCGAAUACAACAUAGGUAUCAUCGUUCGCAGCCUCCCAGCCCUCAAAACACUCUUCAAAGGAUUUCUCGGCACAUACGGCUCACAGUCAAAGACAACCCGCGAGUACCCCGGCAGCAAGAUAUAUAAAAUGCACUCAAUAUCCCGAUCAAGGGGGCAACCACUACAAUCCCGAGGAUAUAAAAGCGGCAAUGUUAGUGUCGUUGAGUACGACGCUGACCCGAAGACUCAACACUCACAGAUCGCUUCUACGACACGUUCGGUGACGUAUCCUGGAAGUCGAGGGAGCAAUUCUAGCGAGGAGCGGAUAUUGCCUAUUCAGGGUGAGGGCUAUUCAGGGUGA